CUCGACAUCUCUGUUCUUCAUUACGAGAAUUACGUCCGAGAUCUUGAAAAAUCAGAGGACAUCAACAUGACGGCUGUGGAAUCAGAAAAUGUGCUGGUCGGCGUCAUCGGAGGGAGUGGUCUCUACCACCUCGACAACCUCACCUUCAUAAAGCAAGUCAACCCCGAAACGCCCUGGGGCUUCCCAUCCUCUCCAAUCACUAUCUGCGCGCUUCCUUCUGGCGCGCGCGUCGCCUUCCUCGCGCGGCACGGGGCGGGGCACACUAUCGCGCCCUCCGCCGUGCCUGCCCGAGCAAACAUCGCCGCUCUCAAGUCCCUCGGCGUUCGUGCGGUGCUCGCAUUCUCUGCCGUCGGCUCUCUCCGGGAGGACAUCUCGCCUGGCACGUUCGCGCUGCCUACGCAGGUAAUUGAUCGCACCAAGGGCGUGCGCCCCGCGAGCUUCUUCGAAGGCCUCAGCGUCGUCGCACACGCCGCAUUCGGGGACCCGUUUAGCGUGCGCCUCGUGAAAUGGCUCGAGGGCCCAAUCCGCCGCGCGCUCGAGGAGGAGGGCCGCGGCGUGCAGCUCGUAACGGAGAAGUGCAUCGUGUGCAUGGAGGGCCCGCAGUUCUCGACGCGCGCGGAGAGCGUGAUGUACCGCCAGUGGGGUGGCGAUCUCAUCAACAUGAGCGUACUUCCUGAGGCGAAGCUCGCGCGCGAGGCCGAAAUCAGCUACGCGCUCGUCGCGACGGCGACUGACUAUGACUCGUGGCGGCCACACGCCGAGGCGGUGACCGCUGCGGAGGUGUUCAAGACACUGCAGGCCAACGCCGACACGUCGCGGCACGUCGCGGCGACAAUCCUAGAGGAGCUGGUCGCUGCCGCCGCCGCGGGUGACAUUCUCGCCGAGGAGGCAGGCUCGAUGCAGUACUCGAUCAUGCCGCGCUCCGAGAAGCAGAAACCAGAGGACAGGGAGACGCUGCGCUACAUCCUUCCGACGUAUUUUUCGGGCUAGAUAUGCUCACCACGGUCUAGACCUCCCAGUCUCAGGAGACCUAGGGAGAUGAGCCACGAUAAAUGUGGCGUGUAUCAGCUAGAGCCAUGUAUCUAUCUUUAUUGUAUAGAAGAUGUCUGCAGGCCUGU